GCUUGGUCUGUUCAAGACUAUAAAGAUUCCUUUCUCGUGGAAGGUGCAACACUGGUGCUGCACAAGAGGGGCCCCGGAGGAUGCACAACACCCCACUCUAAAGGACCCCACAAAGCUGGCUCUGCCUGUUGCUAUGAUCUUCAGUGAAGCUGGUGGCCAAAGUGAUCAGUGCAUCUUGGAUGACCUAAAUAAUGGGCAAUUUGACCUACUCCUGGUCCUUUACCUUUGUGUUGCAAGGCAUCCCGGGGCUGGAGGCGUACCACAUGUGGUUCUCAGUGGCAGUUUGCACUAGCUAUGUGAUCAUCGUUGCUGGAAACUCUAUCAUUUUACUAGUCAUAGUAUCCGAGCCGGCCCUCCACAGGCCCAUGUACUACUUCCUCUGCAUGCUAUCUACUAUCGACUUAGCAGCCACCACCUCUACGUUGCCCAAGAUGCUUUCCAUCUUCUGGUUCCAGGCUAGGGAGAUCCGGUUUAAUACCUGUUUGGCCCAGAUGUUCUUCAUCCAUGCUUUGUGUAUGAUGGAGUCAGCAGUGCUGCUGUCCAUGGCUGUAGAUCGUUACGUGGCCAUCUGCUUCCCUCUCAGAUACAAUUCUUUCUUCACUGGCUCCCUAGUUGCUAAGAUGGAGAUAGCAGCUGUUGUCAGGGGAACCCUGCUGAUGUGCCCCUGUCCUUUCCUCAUCAAAAGACUCUCCUUCUGUUGGACAAAUGUUAUCCAUCAUACUUACUGUGAGCACAUGGCUGUGGUGAGGUUGGCCUGUGGAGACACCAGGAUCAACAGUGCUUAUGGGCUAAGUGUGGCCUUGAUUGUCAUUGGAGGGGACCUUCUGUGCAUUGGCCUCUCCUACUUCUUCAUUGUCCGUGCAGUGCUACGGCUUUCCUCCAGUGAGGCCAGGUUCAAGGCCUUUGGCACUUGUGGUUCCCACCUCUGUGUCCUCACAAUAUCUUACACCCCAGCACUCUUCUCGUUUUUCACCUACCGCUUUGGCCACAAUGUGGCUCCCCGUGUUCAUAUCCUGCUGGCUAACCUUUACCUCCUCGUUCCUCCUAUGUUGAAUCCCAUUGUAUAUGGAGUGAGAACCAAGGAGAUUCGGGAACAGAUAUCAAAAGGGUUUUGCGAAAAUGCUUCUGGGUCCAUCUCCUGGCCCAAGGAGGAGUCGGGGGAGAUCAUCAGCAUGAUAUUCAAGAGCGCCAGGCUGAAGAGCUCGCUCGGUUCUUCUGUAGAGGACAAUCUUGAGAAGGUUGUGUAA